CAGACUAUAGUAUUAGCGAGUACGUUCUCGUCUGCAAGUAAUUUGAAUCCAUUUUACUGUACAUAUUUUGGCUGGUGAUAAUUAUCUUUCCAUCAUUGGUCAGGUUUCAUAGACUAUAUAUAUUAUGGAAAGAGAAUCAUUCUCACAUUAUGGAAGGAACUUUUCGAACACUUCCUUACACCAUAAGAUUUGUUGGUCUACUUGGCAGUCAUUCUCUUGGUAGAAAUCCAAAGUUUACGGCUACUGCGGUAGAUUUAGGAAGGGAAUUGAUAAGGCGAAAGAUCAGGCUUACCUACGGAGGAGGCAAUGUUGGCCUUCAAGGAGCUGUAGCUUCAACAGUCUAUAAUAAUGGUGGUAGAGUCAGAGGUUUCAUACCAGGGUAUAUAGCAACACGACAGGUUUACGGACCUACGUACGGUGUAGAGUACACUGUUUCCAGCAAUUACUAUAAGUAUUUCGAGAUGAAUCAUAUUGUGGAAGCCUUCAUUAUUCUUCCCGGAGGAGUUGACACUAUGGAAGGUUUGUUCACCCUAAUCUCGUGGGCUUCUGAAGGUUUACACAAUAGACCCAUUGGUCUUUUGAACAUUGACGGUUAUUUCAAUAACCUAAUCAAGUUUUUAGAUGAUGCGGUGAGGCAGAACUUCAUGGCUUCCAGUCAAAGAAAACUUUUCAUUUCUUCUUUCUUUGUUGGUGAGCUUUUAGACAAACUAGAGUUUGCUAAAGUUUUCCCGGAUCCUGGGGCUAGUUACGACGAGUUUGUGAAUCCUGGAAGACUAGACUUAGAAUUGCAUUUGUAACUUUCUUCAUAUCGGAAAUCUCCUUCAGUCUGCAAAAUUUGAGCGAAAAAGGGAGAGUGAAACAAAAAUUAAUUAAUAUUAGAAUGAGGUUUAAGUGCAUGGGAGAUGGAAUGAGAAGAACGAUUUGUGUAAGGCUAGGGAAGACACUGAAUUAAGCGAAGAAGACGAUUGAAAUCGGCGGAUAUAAGAACCCUAGAGAGAUAGUUCGAAUGGAGAGUCCAGAGUCCAGACCCGAUAAAAUUUACUCAGUAAAAAAUUGUCAAUACU